AUUGGCCGCGAGGAAACAGGGUGGAGCUGCUAUCCGGAACAGAGCAGCUUCAUUCAUUAAUAAAAUUGGUUAAUAUGAUAGGACUUUAGCGAGGGCUCAGUGUGUUUAGAAAAGUCGUGAGGGAGUUUUUAACAAACACGAUCUCAUCUCCGGUUUCCUCUGUGCGCCAUUCGUCUCUCUAUACCCGCCUGUGUCUCAACUCUCCUGGGAUCAGCUUGUCAUGUUCAGUCGCAGCUACAAGAGGAGAGAUUCCGGCAGAUCGCUGAACCCUGCAGAUGAGGUACAGAGAGGACAGCCCUGCAUCACCUGUGGAGAACAGUGUCCUGGCUUUGCUUUGCACAAAUGGAGAAAGAUCUGUGUGCACUGUAAGUGUCGCCGUGAGGAGCAUGCAGUGACAGCCAUGCCUGUUGAGAUGGAGAAGACUGUCACCAAGCUGAUGUACGACUUCCAGAGGAACUCGACCUCAGAUGAUGACUCAGGCUGUGCGCUGGAGGAGUAUGCCUGGGUACCACCGGGGCUCAAACCUGAACAGGUUCACCAGUACUACAGUUCCCUGCCCGAGGACAAGGUGCCCUACGUGAACAGCCCAGGGGAGAAAUACCGCAUCAAACAGCUGCUCCAUCAACUCCCACCGCACGACAAUGAGGUACGUUACUGUAACAGUCUAGAUGACGAGGAGAAGCGAGAACUAAAGCUCUUCAGCAACCAACGGAAACGGGAGAACCUGGGCAGAGGCAACGUCCGUCCAUUCCCAUUGACGAUGACGGGGGCAAUUUGUGAACAGUGCGGAGGCCAGAUAAAUGGCGGCGACAUCGCUGUUUUUGCGUCACGGGGUGGUCAUGGUGUGUGUUGGCAUCCAGCGUGCUUCAUGUGUAGCAUGUGCAACGAGCUCCUGGUGGACCUCAUCUACUUUUACCAAGAUGGGAAGAUCUACUGUGGGCGGCACCAUGCAGAGAGGCUGAAGCCACGCUGCACCGCCUGUGAUGAGAUCAUUCUGGCAGACGAGUGCACUGAAGCAGAGGGGCGUCACUGGCACAUGAAGCACUUCUGCUGUUUUGAGUGUGAGACCGUGCUGGGGGGCCAGCGCUACAUCAUGAAAGAGGGACGGCCCUACUGCUGCUCCUGCUUUGAGUCCCUCUACGCAGAGUACUGCGACUCCUGCGGGGAACAUAUCGGCAUUGACCAAGGCCAGAUGACGUACGACGGGCAGCAUUGGCAUGCCACAGAGGGCUGUUUUUGCUGUGCCCGCUGUAAACGUUCUCUGCUGGGCCGACCUUUCCUGCCCAAGCAGGGCCAAAUCUUCUGCUCACGCUCCUGCAGUCUGGGGGAGGAACCGAACGGCUCCGACUCCUCUGAUUCAGCCUUCCAAAGCGCUCGCUCCACCAGAGAAUCCAGACGCAGCUCCAAGACUGGGAAGAGUAUAGGAGGAGGGGGAGUUGGUGGGGUGCAGUCUGAGAGAUUUUCAGGGGAGGUGGAUCCAUUGUCUUUACAAAUGGAUCUUCUGAGUCUGUCCAGCCAAACGCCCAGUUUGACUCGUGAGCCACCUGCUUGGCACGGCCAACAGCAAGCAGGUGACAGCUAUAAUUAUGAAUCUAAGUCUGACCCAACUGACAACCCCACCCCUCUCCAGCUCCUCAGCCAGUGCAAUGUCAGGACGGCCUUUAACCCUUCCUGCUCUGGACAGAAUCACCAGCAAGAUCACAGGAUAAAGGAGAAUGGAGGUUUAAAGAGACCUCCCAUCUCAGCCAUGAAGGGACACUCGUUCAAUGAGACGUGGUUCCAACAGCCCGCUCCAGAGGAGUACUACCCGCCCAAACUGAGGACCCAAAAGAGCUUCACUGAGGUGUCCCACUGUUCUCAGCAACACAACGGCUUCUCCUCAGACAAGCGCUCCAUCAGUUUUCAUGGCUUUCAGAGAGACAGAGAUGUGGGGCUUCCAACACCAACCCAGGUGCCAAGAAGCAGGAACCCAAUUAAUGCACUUAACUUCACCGAGCAACUGACCCCUCUAGAGCAGACCCCAAGAGGAUCCAUGGAGUCCUUGGCCCUGUCCAAUGCUACAGGGCACUCAGCAGAAGGAGGAGGAAAGCGUCAGGAGCAUCUUUCUCGUUUCUCCAUGCCGGACCUGAGCAAAGACUCUGGAAUGAACAUAUCAGAGAAAAGUAACAUGGGCACUCUCAACUCUUCAGAGCAAUUUCGUAGCUCUGAGUCAAUUCAUAGUCUCACUGUUGGUCAGCCAUACAUGGAAAUAGAUCCACCAAGGUCCUCAAAGUACCAGGUGCAGUACUGCGACCCCCAUGGCAUGGCUGUGGGUAUGGCGAUGACUCAUUUACCACCCGGCUUCACCUACCAGGAGGAGGAUAGGGUGAGUCUGGUGAGCAGCGCCAAUGCUGCUCGUUUGCCACCCAUCAGUGAGCGCAGGAUGGUUGGUGGAGGAGCAGGCGGGAGAGGAUCAAGUAUCCGGAUAGAUGCCCAGGAUGAGACUCCCCAGAGGCGUCGGCACCACCACCACCGCUCCAGGAGAUCCCGUCGAUCUCGUUCUGAAAACGCUCUCAACUUGGUGGCAGAGCGGAGGGUGAGACCUCAAGAAAGACCACAGCUGCGUGUCUGUGAGGAUUACGAUCGAUUCCCACCACCAAGGAGCGCCAGGGACCAGUUUGGAGUAGGAAGAGGAGGGGGAAGAUACCAACCUCAACCCUUCAGGCAGUGUCCCAGAACCACAUCAGACCUGACCCUUCAGAACCCCGGGUCCAGUCGUCGCACUGGUUUAAAUCAAUACUCCUGGGAUGAUUAUGAUGACGAUGACUGGUGCUCCACCUGCUCAUCAUCUUCUGAAUCUGAGGAUGAAGGUUACUUUCUGGGUGAGCCGAUCCCAAGACCCAUCCAGCUGCGCUACCUCAGCAACCAGGAGCUGGUUCAUAAGUACAACAACACAGGGAUGGGAGGACCCAACCGCAGUGGGCAGUUACACACUCGCAAACGCAGAAAAAGCAAGAACUGCAUUAUCUCCUAACAUACUGACACCUGAAACAGUUAAUGACUCUUAGGCUAGUUGUGUAUGCUAACAUCCUCCAUCUGGAACAAGAAGUAAACAAAACCCACAGUCCAUUUAUUCAGUAUUGUUGUGUGUUGAUUAUCACGUAAUUGAAAGUCUGUGAUGAAUAACAGUUGGUAAACAGUGACAAAGCAACAGUGUUUGCAUGUUUGUUCAGUUUCAUGUUUCAGAAUAUCUGCAGAGUUUUAAGGCUUACAGUUACAUGCACCAGUCCCAACUUUCAACAAAAGCUUGAUGUGCAAUUACACUAAAACGUAACUUAAUUUCCAAUAAGCAAACGAGUGUGUGAGGUAGUCCAUUUGGUACAGUUUCGCUUUUUCAUGCAAUGUGAUUUAGACAAAGGAUAUACUGUACUAUUGUAUCAGUUCAUAUUAUGUACAUAAAUAAAUGAAUUAAUAAUUUCACUUAAGUUAAGGAAGUCUGUGUAAAUAUGGUUGUAAAUGAGGCCUCACAUAUUUUUAUAUUUUGUAUGGAUAGAAUCAUUUAUGUAUUAAAUAUCUAUAAUGUAGAGAUAGACAAUGGCAAAACAACUUAUGCAUGUUUUAUUUGGCUGACCUGGUCCUGCAUUUGGAAUAAAGGAGUAUUUCAGUGAGUACUUUGAGUGACAGACGGUUUUUCUCUACAGGGAAUGGCAACAUGUGUGAACAAGUGUUGCAUAAAGGUGAAUUAUUCCCCACCAGUCACCUUCCCCAUCUGUUUAAUGCAUACAUGAAUUACAAUGUGAUGUAGAGGUUGAUUAUAGAGUCACUCUCAAAUGGAUUGUUUUACAUAGAAGCUGUCUUCAUGUUCCAACAAUCUGAGCUAUAUGGUCCUGGAAAUGGUUGCAACAGAAGUUCAGGUUUAUUGCAUCAGCCUACGGGCCCUCGAGUUGAAACUGCUGACAGGAGAGAAGAGAUUCAGUUAUUCAAAUCAGGUGAUGCAUGGUUAAUAAAAAUCUUUUUGCUAAUCUGUGGCUCCAAAAUUGAAAAAGCCUAGCAAGUUUGAAUGGUUUACCAUGAAAUUUGUACUAAUACUCUCAUGGUACCUGGAGGAUGAAUUCUACUAAUUAGGUGAUUUCACAACUGUUCCUCCAGUCCCAAAUAACAGGUCAACUUUUCUCUAUCUCGAUUAUCUAUAAGAUUUAACAGAGUUUGGUUACAUGUUUGCAUUAUAUCAUUGGUCGGAGCCCCAUUACAUCUGUAUCUAAUUAUCAAAAGCAAAAGUGACACCAGGGAAAACCUGAUCACUCUUAUCCAAUCAGUCAUCCAAAAGGAGUCAAUUUCACCCCUAUCUGUUAACACACUAUGGCAAGUUAGUUUCUGAUAGUAUUUCAAGUUUGUGAACAUUAUGGCAAAAACAUAAAUUUUUGUCUCAGGCUGGUCUUGAGAGUUGGAAAUUUUGAAUUUUGUUACUGGGCAGAGAUAUGAGAGCUGACUUAUUAGGAGCUACUGAGCCCCAAACCAUCAAGAGCAAGGUCUUGUCCUUCAAUCCAAGCAAUGAUAGCAGAGCUGGUGAGUGCAUCUCAAAGGUGUUGAGUAACUUAAACCAUAAGCUGUAGUGAUAAUAGCAACAUUGGCAAAAGCUCUGAUAUUUGCCUCAUCUAUAUUCAAGAUGUGUAAAGCUCCAAGAAGUAGAGCUAAAUGAGGACAGAAGUCAACAUGAAUAUUCCUGCAGACGUCCUGUCCAUCGUGUCUAACUAAACCUUUAGUGGAAAUGUUUAAUGUGAAUAUACAUAAAAGGAGGUUAACAUUUUUAAUUUCAACUUGAAUUGUUUAGUUGAAUGGUAAUUCUUACUGUAAGGAGACUGAUAAGAAUAUGUUGCCAUGAAAGCAUUCCUUACUGUGGGAUCAUUAGAGGGACUAUUUAUUUUAGCUGAAGUACUUUUUCAAUCAAUAAAAUCAUCUUAAAAUCAA